UCCAUGACACACACCAGUUUGCCCGUACAAACAUAAAUACUGUCAGACUUUCUCGCUCAUCCACUCAUGGCAACACAUCACCUCCUUGUCCUGGACAUCUUUUUCUUCCUCACUGGACUCUCAGGUAUACAGAGUGUGUCCACAGUGAGCCAUGUGACUGUAAAGAAAGGAGGCUCCAUCACCAUCCCAUGUCUCUAUGAUCAGAGAUAUAGAAACCAUGUGAAAUACUGGUGUAAGGGACGUAAGUUCUUGUAUUGCUCUACUCAAAUGCGUACUAAGCCUAAGAGUACAUCUGAUUGGUUGUCCAUCUCUGAUAAUGUUACUACGAGUAUCUUCACUUUGACCAUGAAUAAUCUGCAACCAGUGGUCUCUGACUAUUUCUGGUGUGCUGUGGAGAAAUUUGGACCAGAUGAAAAGACAUAUCUGUCUCUGUCAGUUACCACAGGUACACCAGGACUCUAUGUGGACCAACAACAUGUGACUGGAGUUGAAGGACAGAGUGUCACUGUCAAUUGUAGCUAUAUUAACACUGGAGAUAUGAGGUGGUGCAGGAUGGGUGGCUCUUGUGUGAAGAAAUCUGAGACUUUAGAUGCAGGAGCAUCAGUGAAAUUAAAGCGGAUUUCCACCAAUGGAAAAAAAGUAAUGAUCGUGACUAUGAGUGGACUGGACAGGGAGAAUACAGGCUGGUACUGGUGUGCAGUGGGAGACCUACAGAUGCCUGUUCAUAUCACUGUCAAUCAAAAAACGAUAGCACAAAGUACCACCACCAUCACCACCACCACCUACAUCAGGACAACAAAAGCUCCAACCACUCACCAAACUUCAGUAACCGGUGCUGAGUCUAACACUUCUCAGCCCACAGUCACCCCUUCUGUUACAGACCAGAACAAUGGGGGAACUGACGAGAAGCGACAGGAAAGGAUCCAGAGUUUGCUGGUAGUCCUGCUCAUUCCUCUGAGCCUGUUGGGGGUGGUGAUAGCUGGUACCUUGGUCACAUGGAAGAUGUUGAGAAAACAUAAGGACAAGAAGGCAAAGGGCCAACCACCAAACACCUCAGUACAGUCUGCUGACCCUGAGCAGGAAAUUACCUACAGCACUGUGAGCCACAUCAGAGGAGCAACACAACAGGGCUUAAACCCUGAGAGACAUGUUGACUUGUACAGCACUGUGAUUCCUAUGCAGCACAGGAAAGCACAAAGGCAGCAGGACCCAUUUCCGGAUGAUGCAGUGACAUACAGCACAUUGGUCACCAAGAACAAGACCCAACCAAAUGCAGCAGAACCAGAUGAUGUGGUCUACAGCACAGUGGCCCCACACCAGAGAUAGCAGGGGGUAGCAGCAGAGCAGUGACUGAAUAAAAUCCUUGGUCACAAAGAACCAGAUGAGCUUUUGGGGGAAAAUACUGGAGGAUCUCAGUGUACUAGGGCAUCAGAACAAAAGUGUCCAGACUGACAGUAAAACAUAUAAUGUUAUUUUAUUUGUCACCCCCUGCCCCAACCCUUUGUCCUUAAUAUUUUCUUGUUCUGUUUUUAUUUUUAAAGGAUGAAUCGUAAUUUACAUAAUGGUUACGUGGAGGGAAGUGGGGGAGGGUUAUGCUUUUUCAAUUUCCGUCAAGGGGAGGGUUUAGUAAUUUUUUUAUCGAGUCCAGGGGAGGGUCAUGUAAUUUGUAAUUGAUUACAUUUCAAUAUUUCACAGUGUUUUAGAAUUAGUUGCUUAUUAGGCUAUAUAUCGUUGUGUGCCCGAUGCCGCCCCUCAUUUCAGUUUUUCCGCUGGACGCACAAUAUCAGGUGCUCUUAUAGGCUAUUUAGUGUAGUCUCAAUCAAAUUAUCCAUAGCAUAUAGGCCAUAGGCUUUGAAGUGCAUGCUCAGAGAAGCACAGAGCAAGAUACCGCAGCUGCUCGGAUGGUGUAAAUAAAACUAGGCUGCAUUCCACAUUGCAAUGGAUAUUCCAACCCUGAGACCCAGCAUGCUCUGCUCUUGCUGAUCAAAUCAUUUUUUUUGUGCUGCCUAACCAAUGGUUAUGCUGUGUAGGCCUUCAGUGGCAGUUCAGGAGGAGAGUCAAAGGCUUCUUCCUACAUUUUUGUUUUGAAUAGGCCUUUCUUUUUGAGAAGGAGAGCGCUAAGAUGAGGAGGACCGGAGGUCAACUUUGAUAGCUUGCUACUACUACAAUUGAUUUGAUUAAAAACUAAAAGUUUCUUGCCCAUUAUAUAUUUAUCAGAGUUAUUGACCUCACAAAACCAGAUUGGAGUAUUUUACAUUGGGCUGCUGAAACUUGAAGCAGAUGCUGCGACACAAACAAACAGAAAUGGACAGCUCAUUGUGCUGAAUGUAGGCUACUUCAAUUCAACAUUGUUCAUUUUAAUUAGACUUUACAAACAACAAGAGGGCUUUGUGUUGGAGCCUAUUUCUUCCUAGUUUAGAAAUAAGAGGUAGGGCUACCUGUUUGACAGACGAAAUUAGGCUAUAUGCUGCUAUAUCCAAAGAUUUGUCAGUCAAUUCCUCCAACCACCAUACGCUCCUUAAAUAGCUUACCUCUGUGUCAGUGAUUGACUGUUAAGUUAAAACCAAAACUCAAAUUGAGGGGCUAUGAGAGGGUAUGCCAUAGGCAUAAAGACAAUGGCAAAAAGCACAGGCCUAGCCCUUGUUAGCCUAAGUUUUUGAAGAAAAUUAAACGGAUCAGAUUAUAUAAAGUGAUCUAUAACAGCGCUUUUGUCAGCAAUGCUUUAUCCUGGAAACAAGCUGUUAAAUACGCGGGAAAGACGUGAUACUGAUGCAUAUGGGGAUACUGUAUCAUUGUUUAAUUUCUUUGACAUUCAGAGGCUGAGCUACAACUUUCUAUAGCUGAGGAGACAAAAAAUAGACUUUGCUUGGUCAUCUUAUUCUAUCACUAUCAAUUGAGUAAGCUAUUCACUUUUUGUACAAUAGAAGAUGUUUAAACCCUUUAAGCUUUUAGGGAAACACUUCUCUCGUUGGGUUAAUCCACUGAAAAAGAGUAGUCAGCAAUUAAAGUUUUUCUGCGUUGGUACACACUUAGAAAAAAGGGUUCGAAAAGGGUUCUUUGGCUUAUGCCAUAGGAGAACCCUUUCUGGUUCAA